AUGGGAUGCACGCUGCAGCCCCCUGCAUUUCCCCCGGAGAGCCGAGCAUCUCUCCCCUCGGGGUUCCAGUUGGGUUCACCGCUUCGAACUCAAGCUCGACCCUUAGCGGCUCCUCGCCCCGCCCCUUUUGGGUUCCGCGCUCCCCUAGCGGGUCAGUGCACGCUAGAGACCGGGGUUGCAGGGCGGGAGUAUGAAUUACGGGACGGUAGGAAACUGCAGCCCCAGCGAGUGGGCGGACGAGGAGACCUAGGAGGGUUCAAAAGGAGGUGGAGGGAUACACGGGCCACAGUCGGAACUACUUUCAGGAGGAGGUCACGUGUGUUCCUAGUUGGGGAACUUUCCAAAUUCCCACUCCCAUUUGGUAGCUCUAGAGGCAAGUGCUUCGCUUCCUUUGCCCAGGGUGCUCCCGCCACGUACGGGUAGCUGGACCCCAGAGCCUACCCUGUUUCGGCGGAAGAAUAGGCUCAGACGAUCCUCCCGCCGGAGCGCUGUCGGUGCUGGCGCCUGAGGAGCUGGUUACACAAGCACCCACAUCCAAGCACGUGCCCCCGCCUCCCCUCACCUUGGCUGCCGCCGCUGAUUCUUGCAGAUCUCGGAGCAAGAGUUCCCAAGCUGGGCACCCUUUCCUGCUACCCACAGAGCAAGCUAGAGGACGGAGACCUGAAACUCCGAGAUCUGGAUCCGCUACCACUGCGCCUUCCAAACCGUGGGAGAAGGGGCUGGGCCCCGGGGGUCUGGCGCAUCUUCCUUGCUAGUGCCCUGCCCCGCAGGGCGAACCUUUCUGGUGCUGUACUCGCGGGGCAAAGGGUAUCUACUGCAGCAGCCCGGUGA